GAUUGCUUUUUUAAUCUUCCACCUUCAUCAGCUGAAGGACGAAAACCCAUCCUCUACAAUAAUAAGUACCUAUCAAUCCCUAAAUCGAUCUGCAAUUGGCAUCUUCCCAUUACUUGUCUCAUUCACCUGGGAUAUAAGAUUAUAGCGCAAAGACCCUUCCGUCAUGCCUAUACCCUGAAGCUGACAACCCCACAUACUACCUUACCUACCUAGGUACCAAUCUGCAUAAUAAUCAGCCAAAGGAAAGAUAGAAAAAAAAAAAAAAAAAAGAGACACCCCACCAGGUGCCUCCUGUUCAGACCAAGCAAUCAGACGCGGAAGAUUUAGUGCUGUGACGAAACUCAGCUUGCCCAAAAUGCAGUCCAUGCAAAGACAAUUCGGGAAGCUACUCCAUAAGAGUCCCGGAGACAAUGCCAAAGUUGCCGUAUUAUUAAAUGACUAUGAAGAUGCUGAUAGGGUCCUUGCUAAGAUCAUUGACCAUGCUAAAUCAUGGCGAGAGUCUUGGAUCUCUCUGGCAAUGGCGCAGUUAGGCAUAGUCACCGAAUACGAUGGUCUGUGGGAUCCCAUAGUCGGCGCGUCCGACGGACAUGGCAAGCCAACAUUACCCACACCGGAUCUUCAACUCGAACGCACCCUGAAAUUAAAAGAAGCUUAUACUGAGCUCAAGAAUGAAUUGCUCGAAGAAGUUGGUCUCAUAGAAUCGACUAUACUUAGGCCUGCGACGGAUGCCCGCGACUGCAUUGCACCAUUAAGAAAGACGAUCAAGAAACGGGAAAACAAGAGGCUAGACUACGAGAAGAGUCAAGACAGAGUCAACAAACUGCAGAGGAAAUCCGGCCGGUCCCCUAAAGAAGAAGCAGCUUUAGCAAAAGCCGAGGCAGAAGUUGCACGUACGGCAGAAGAAUUCCACGUUUCAGACUCGCACUUACGAGAGACAUUGCCGCCACUUGUGUCUGCAACAUUCAGUAUAAUACCACCGCUAAUAGCAGGUGUGGUAACGAUCCAGAAUAGGCUACUUGGACUGUACUAUACCACGCUUCAUAAUUACUGUCAGGAUUAUGGUUUUCCAUCGCCGCCGCCGCCGAUGGAGAGUGUAAUAUCUGCGUGGUCGGCCGACUAUGAACCAAUUAAGCGCGAAGUUGAAUCAAUAACUUGCAUCGCAACAGGUAAGGCUGUUAGACAACCCAUGAAGCUGCCGGACGAUCCAAGUAAUCCAAACAACAACGACAAUGAUCGGAAACCAUCCACUUCUUCUACGUCAUCUGGGCCUGUUCAAAACGACAACCCCCCUCUGCCUGGUCCGCGGCCGAGUCGCAUUCCCUCUUCGACUUCUUUAGCUUCAUCCCAAGCAAGCCCCGUAAUUCAGUCAAGACCGUCGCCGUCCUUUCUUAACAACAACCACCUGACCCCCACCGAUUUCACUACCGCUUCUCGGCUCGGUCAAAAUUUGACACCAUCCGUUUCGCCUGGUUCGCAGCAACCCCGAUCGGAUUAUUUCGGUCGUCCGUCCACCGCGUCAACGACGGCAUCCAGCACCUCUGCCAACACCGCCGUCAGCGCAUUCUCGGUAGCAGGCAAGAAGAAGCCUCCACCCCCGCCACCAAAGAAAAUUGGCACGAAUCGCCCUGAGGAAUUUGUAGUCGCGCAAUAUGCCUUUACAGGGCAGAAUGCGGGCGAUUUGUCCUUUCGCGAGGGUGACAAGAUAAGAAUAAUCAAGAAAACAAAUACGGAUCAGGAUUGGUGGGUUGGCGAAUUAGACGGUGUCAAGGGCAGCUUUCCAGCGAACUAUUGUAAAGCGAAUUAAUAGGCGGCGGCAAGCGCAUUAUGUGCCAUGGUAUUUAGGACUUAAGGGUUACGGACAAGCACAUUGGGCGAUAAGAUGCGGUAUACUAAUAAGAAGUCGAAACAACUUUUCUUUUCCUGAUAUUGGUUAGAACUAGUAUCAUCUCCUUGGCCCUUUAGUUGGAAGGGCCAGGAUUGGAUGGAUAGUGAAUGAGACGCCAUUUGAUCAGGAGGAUAUUAAUGAACACGGCGGAUAAAAU